GGGAAAUUUCAUGUGCUACCUAGAGAAUUUAGUUUUCCGAGUAUCGAUCCCCUUGGGGCAUGGAUGCUAUGGUGGUUCGGAAAUCCAAAGCUCAACUACCCCCCGUACAAAGGAAUACCAUCGGACGACCUGGAUACACCGCAGAUAAAAGCGACGCUGUCAGAAUGGUCAAUU